CUAUGGCUGCCUUCUCAGAAACCACGAGAAAAUACUUCAACAGUAACAACAGAAUCAGGGAGCUUCAGGCACAUUCAGCAAAAGUUCAUUCUGUUGCAUGGAAUAGUGAUGGGAAAAGACUUGCUUCUGGUUCAUAUGAUAAAACUGUCAAUGUAUUUGUUUUGGAUAGAGAACGGAUGAGUAAAGAUUUGACCUUCAGAGGUCAUGGUGAUAGUGUAGACCAGCUAUGCUGGCACCCUAAGAAUCCAGAUCAGCUAGUAACAGCCAGUGGAGACAAAACUGUCAGAAUCUGGGAUGCUAGAACAAAUAAGGCUGUUGCCACGGUGAAUACAAAAGGUGAAAACAUUAAUAUUUGUUGGUCACCAGAUGGCACUACAAUAGCAGUUGGAAACAAAGAAGAUCUGAUAACGUUUAUAGAUGUACGAAGUCACAGAUCAAAAGCUGAGGAACAAUUUAAAUUUGAAAUCAACGAAAUCUCCUGGAACAAUGAUGGAGACCUGUUUUUCUUGACAAGUGGUCAAGGUAACAUACAUAUAAUGAGUUAUCCAGAACUAAAGAUGCAGCAUGUAUUACAUGGCCACCCAGCAAACUGUAUCUGUAUAGAAUUUGAUCCCAUGGGUAAAUACUUUGCCACAGGGAGUGCUGAUGCUUUGUGUAGUCUCUGGGACGUGGGAGAACUUGUUUGUGUUAGAACUUUUGCCAGGUUAGAGUGGCCAGUGAGAACAUUGAGUUUUAGCCAUGAUGGUAAGAUGUUAGCCUCAGCCUCAGAGGACCUUGUCAUAGAUAUUUCUGAUGUAGAAACAGGUGAAAAGGUAACAGAGGUCACAUGUGAGACACCUACCUUUACUGUAGCAUGGCAUCCUAAGAGAUAUUUAUUGGCAUAUGCUUGUGACGACAAGUAUGAGAGAGAUCAACGAGAUCGAGACAGGGAUGUGGGAACUGUCAGAGUAUUUGGUUUUCCAAGUGACUGAAGAAUUUAUUUUAUGUUAUUCUGGGAGUAAUUAAGUACUUUGUUAAAGGCAGUUCAGGGAAGAACUGGUCAGGUGAUCAAAGAUACAGAUAUCUCAUGUAUAUCUCAUGUGCAAUGUAAGACCUUGACCAAUGUAUACAACACAUUGGUCUCUGGGGUCUUUUGACAUCAUUGUUGUAAUUUGUUGAAUAUGGCAGCUUGUUAUCAAAUGAAUAAAAUAAAAUGUAAAGAAAGAU